GGGCGGGUUAAAGGGGCGGGGCCGGCGCCGGCCAGCCCGCGGCUCUCCAGGCCGCCCUCAGCGCCCGCCCGACCCCGCAGCGAGAGCUGCGCCAUGGAGGCCACCGGAGUGCUGCCGUUCGUGCGCGGCGUGGACCUCAGUGGCAACGAUUUCAAGGGUGGCUACUUCCCUGAGAAUGUCAAGGCUAUGACCAGUCUGCGAUGGCUGAAGCUGAACCGCACAGGCCUCUGCUACCUGCCAGAGGAGCUGGCUGCACUGCAGAAACUGGAGCAUUUGUCUGUGAGCCACAACCACCUGACCACGCUUCAUGGAGAGCUAUCCAGCCUGCCGUCGCUGCGGGCCAUUGUGGCUCGAGCCAACAACCUGAAGAAUUCUGGGGUCCCUGAUGACAUCUUCAAGCUGGAUGACCUCUCGGUCCUGGACUUGAGCUACAACCAGCUGACAGAGUGCCCGCGGGAGCUGGACAGCGCCAAGAACAUGCUGGUGCUGAACCUCAGCCACAACAGGUGCUCUGGACUGGGGUCGGGGAGGGUCCAGGCUAUGACACAGCGGGACACAGUGGGGACAGGAGGUGUGUGUCUGACACUGACUUGGGAGCCCCUGCCCGCCUCACUCCCAUCUGCCCACAGCAUUGACACCAUCCCCAACCAGCUCUUCAUCAACCUCACCGACCUGCUGCACCUGGACCUCAGCGAGAACCGCCUGGAGAGCUUGCCCCCACAAAUGCGCCGCCUGGUGCACCUGCAGACGCUCGUGCUCAAUGGGAACCCACUGCUGCAUGCCCAGCUCCGGCAGCUCCCAGCGCUCACGGCCCUGCAGACCCUGCACCUGAGGAACACGCAGCGUACCCAGGGCAACCUCCCGACCAGCCUGGAGGGCCUGGGCAGCCUAGCAGAUGUGGAUCUGUCCUGCAACGACCUGACACGGGUGCCCGAGUGCCUGUACACCCUGCCCAGCCUGCGCCGUCUCAACCUCAGCAGUAACCAGAUCACAGAGCUGUCCCUGUGCAUUGACCAGUGGGUACAUGUGGAGACCUUGAACCUUUCCCGAAACCAGCUGACCUCACUGCCCUCGGCCAUUUGCAAGCUGACCAGGCUGAAGAAGCUGUACCUGAACUCCAACAAGCUGGACUUCGAUGGGCUGCCCUCAGGCAUCGGCAAGCUGGCCAGCUUGGAGGAGUUCAUGGCUGCCAACAAUAACCUGGAAUUGAUCCCCGAAAGCCUGUGCAGGUGUACAAAGCUGAGGAAACUCAUUUUGAAUAAGAACUGCCUGGUGACUCUCCCGGAGGCCAUCCACUUCCUGAUGGAGAUUGAGGUCCUGGAUGUGCGGGAGAACCCGAGUCUGGUCAUGCCUCCCAAGCCCGCUGACCCCGCCGCCGAGUGGUACAACAUCGACUUCUCACUGCAGAACCAGCUACGGCUGGCGGGCGCCUCCCCUGCUACUGUGGCAGCAGCAGCUGCUGCAGGAAGUGGACCCAAGGACCCUCUGGCUCGCAAGAUGCGGCUUCGGAGGCGCAAGGACUCGGCCCAGGAUGACCAGGCCAAGCAGGUUCUGAAGGGCAUGUCAGAUGUGGCCCAGGAGAAGAACCAAAAGCAGGAGGAGAGCAUAGAUGCCCGAGCCACCGGGGGCAAGGUGCGGCGCUGGGACCAGGGUCUGGAGAAGCCGCGCCUGGACUACUCUGAGUUCUUCACGGAGGAUGUGGGCCAGUUGCCUGGCCUGACCAUCUGGCAGAUCGAGAAUUUCCUGCCUGUGCUGGUGGAGGAGGCCUUCCACGGCAAGUUCUAUGAGGCUGACUGCUACAUUGUGCUCAAGACUUUUCUGGACGAGAGCGGCUCUCUGAACUGGGAGAUCUACUACUGGAUCGGCGGGGAGGCCACCCUGGACAAGAAAGCUUGCUCAGCCAUCCACGCAGUGAACCUGCGCAACUACCUGGGUGCUGAGUGCCGCACCGUGCGGGAGGAGAUGGGCGAGGAGAGCGGGGAGUUCCUGCAGGUGUUUGACAACAACAUCUCCUACAUUGAGGGUGGCACAGCCAGUGGCUUCUACACUGUGGAGGACACGCACUAUGUCACCAGGAUGUACCGCGUGUAUGGGAAAAAGAACAUCAAGUUGGAGCCCGUGCCCCUCAAGGGGGCCUCCCUGGACCCGAGGUUUGUUUUCCUGCUGGACCGAGGGCUGGAUAUCUACGUGUGGCGGGGGGCCCAGGCCACACUGAGCUGCACAACCAAGGCCAGGCUCUUUGCGGAGAAAAUUAAUAAGAAUGAGCGGAAAGGGAAAGCAGAGAUUACGCUGCUGGUGCAAGGCCAGGAGCCCCCAGAGUUCUGGGAGGUGCUGGGCGGGGAGCCCUCCGAGAUCAAGAAGCAUGUGCCUGAUGAUUUCUGGCCCCCGCAGCCCAAGCUGUACAAGGUGGGCCUGGGCCUCGGCUACUUGGAGCUGCCGCAGAUCAACUACAAGCUGUCUGUGGAACAUAAGACACGGCCGAAGGUGGAACUGAUGCCUAGGAUGCGGCUGUUGCAGAGCCUGCUGGACACACACUGCGUGUACAUCCUGGACUGUUGGUCCGACGUGUUUAUUUGGCUCGGCCGCAAGUCCCCGCGCCUGGUGCGUGCCGCCGCCCUCAAGCUGGGCCAGGAGCUGUGUGGGAUGCUGCACCGGCCACGCCACGCCGUGGUCAGCCGCAGCCUCGAGGGCACCGAGGCGCAGGUGUUCAAGGCCAAGUUCAAGAACUGGGACGACGUGUUGACAGUGGACUAUACGCGCAACGCAGAAGCUGUGCUGCAGGGCCCGGGACUCGCAGGGAAGGUGAAGCGCGAUACCGAGAAGAAAGACCAGAUGAAGGCCGACCUCACUGCGCUCUUCCUGCCCCGGCAGCCGCCCAUGGCGCCGGCCGAGGCGGAGCAGCUGAUGGAGGAGUGGAACGAGGACCUGGACGGCAUGGAGGGCUUUGUGCUAGAGGGCAAGAAGUUUGCGCGGCUGCCCGAGGAGGAGUUCGGCCACUUCUACACGCAGGACUGCUACGUGUUCCUCUGCAGGUACUGGGUGCCUGUGGAGUAUGAGGAGGAGGAGAAGACCCUGUCCGACGGCAAGGAAGGCGAGGAGGAUGCUGGGCAGGUGGAGGAGAAGCAGCCUGAGGAGGAUUUCCAGUGCACCGUGUACUUCUGGCAGGGCCGCGAAGCCUCCAACAUGGGCUGGCUCACCUUCACCUUCAGCCUGCAGAAGAAGUUCGAGAGCCUCUUCCCCGGCAAGCUGGAGGUGGUGCGCAUGACACAGCAGCAGGAGAAUCCCAAGUUCCUAUCCCAUUUCAAGAGAAAGUUCAUCAUCCAUCGGGGCAAGAGGAAGGUGGCCCAGGGUGCCCUGCAGCCAAGCCUUUACCAGAUUCGCACCAACGGCAGUGCCCUCUGCACCCGGUGCAUCCAGAUCAGCACUGACUCCAGCCUCCUCAACUCUGAGUUCUGCUUCAUCCUCAAGGUACCCUUUGAGAGUGAAGACAACCAGGGUAUUGUAUACGCGUGGGUGGGCCGGGCCUCAGACCCUGAUGAGGCCAAGCUGUCGGAGGACAUCAUGAACACCAUGUUUGACAGCUCCUACAGCAAGCAGGUAAUUAAUGAAGGUGAGGAGCCCGAGAACUUCUUCUGGGUAGGCAUCGGGGCACAGAAGCCUUAUGACGAUGACGCUGAAUACAUGAAGCACACCCGCCUCUUCCGGUGCUCCAAUGAGAAGGGAUACUUUGCAGUGACUGAGAAAUGCUCUGACUUUUGCCAAGAUGACCUGGCAGAUGAUGACAUCAUGUUGUUAGACAAUGGCCAAGAGGUUUAUAUGUGGGUGGGGACCCAGACAAGCCAGGUGGAGAUCAAACUGAGUCUGAAGGCCUGCCAGGUGUACAUCCAGCACCUGAGGUCCAAAGGGCAGGAGCGCCCCCGCCGUCUGCGCCUGGUCCGCAAGGGCAAUGAGCAUUGGGCCUUCACCCGCUGUUUUCACGCCUGGAGCACCUUCCGCAAGGCCCUAGCCUAGGGCCACCACUGCCUGCGUGCAGUGCCCAGCUAUAACCCCACACUCUGAGUGAGGAAGAGCAAGGGCCUCUGUCUAUCCCACCUGGCAGCAGAGGCUGUGUGCAGGUGGCAGCCCCUGCUCCAGCCACCCUCCAGGGCCACAGUCCCCAGCAGCACACCCUAGACAUCACAAUGGGGAUGACCCUGACUGGUCCCCUAAAGGGUCUGGAAAAUUGGGAGUUGCUCCAGUGAAUACUCAAGUGUGACACCACCACCCCCUCCAGGGAUAAAGUAGAUAAGUCACCCUUUAAGAGAUAUUAAAUGCUUUUAUUUUCAA